AUGUUCAGAUUGCGUCAAGGUGCACUUCGCAGCCGAACAUGGCGCCAAUCGACGCCUACUCUGCGAGGUGUUCGCAACCUCUCAUCUAAGAGCCCUUAUCUGAAGGUCUCUGAAGAAGUCCAGCAGGCUAUCCACGAGCACAGGCCCGUUGUCGCCUUAGAAAGCACGAUUUACACACAUGGCUGGAGCUAUCCGGACAACAUCGCUCUAGCCUCUCACCUGGAGAGUAUUGUUAGAGCCGGCGGUGGUGUCCCGGCUACCAUUGGUAUCCUCGAUGGCAUCGCCCGUGUAGGCUUAGACGCAGAGGAAAUCAUCCGCCUCGCUGGUGCUGCUGGUAAGCCUGAUACCCUCAAGAUCUCGCGGCGCGACUUGGGCUUUGCCUGCGGCUUGGGCUCUCCUGGACGCCGCUACAAUGGCGGCACAACUGUGGCGGGCACCAUGAUUCUGGCUCAUCUAGCCGGCAUUCAAGUCUUCGCCACGGGAGGCUUGGGUGGUGUUCACAGAGGUGCUGAAAGUACUAUGGACAUCUCAGCCGAUCUGACCGAGCUUGGCCGUACUCCAGUCGCUGUGGUCAGCAGCGGCUGCAAGAGCUUCCUCGACAUCGGAAGAACUCUAGAGUAUUUGGAGACCCAAGGCGUACCUGUUGCCACCUUCGCUGAUGGUCGUGAUGGCAACAUAGAUUUUCCUGCUUUCUGGACCAGGGAGAGUGGUAUCCAAAGUCCGAUGAUUUUGAAGAACGAGAAGACUGCUGCUGCAGUCAUCCACGCGCACAGUUCGCUAGGCCUGCAGUCUGGUCUGUUGUUCGCAAACCCAAUCCCCGAAGCUUUCAGUAUUGCCAAAGCCGAAAUGGACAAGGUAAUCGACGAGGCUCUGCAGGAAGCCGCACAGGCAGGUGCUACCGGAGCUGCCAACACUCCGUUCAUUCUUGCCAAGAUCAAGGACUUGACAGGCAAGAACAGUGUCAAGUCCAACAAGGCAUUGAUUGAGAACAACGUCCGAAGAGGCACCUCGGUGGCGGCUGAGCUGAUGAAGCUGCAAGCCGAAACCGAGCAAAGUCCACCUUCGAUGUUUCAACCAGCAUUGCGCUCACAGAUAGUUGGACCAGGCUCCUCAAACUAUACUACAUCUGGUGUUUCAAAGGCCAUCUCCAGUCCUGUCGAGCAAACCAAAACCGCAACCCCUCCUUUGGUCUUCGUGGCUGGAGCACUCGCUGUUGACUUCUCGUGUGAUUAUGCUCCGAUAUCAUCUGCCGCGAGCAAGGAGCCUGUCUUGCAUACUUCCAACCCCGCCAAGAUUAAUCAAUCCCUCGGUGGUGUAGCCCACAACGUUGCUCGUGCAGCGAAUCUCGUAGGUGACUCGGUACGUCUUUGCAGUUCAGUUGGCGACGACCUGUCGGGCAGAGCUGCUCUCGAUGCACUUGCAACAGAAGGCCUCGAAAGCACCGGUAUCAAGACUCGUCAGGGGAGCAAUACCGCUCAAUACGUGGCAGUCAACGACGCCAGCAAGGAUCUGAUAAUCGCCAUGGCCGAUAUGGACAUUCUGGACGAACCUGCAGCUCAUCCAGGCCAGCCAUCAACAGCCACCUCUACAUCAAGUGAUACGCUCAACGACUUUUGGCUGCCUCAAUUACAACAGGGCAAGCCCACACAUCUAGUCUUGGACGCGAACUGGCAGCCGCCGUCUUUGGCUCGUUGGCUCGAAGCUGCAAAGUCUAUCUCCGCUCACGUUGCCUUUGAGCCUGUGAGCACUGCAAAGGCGCCCAAGAUCUUCCAACUUCCUCCACAAACACCUUUGCAGGUUUUCCCCAACCCAUCGAUUCAUCUGUCUACUCCCAACUCUAUGGAACUCUCAGCCAUGUACGCAGCAGCCAGCUCCCUCGGCUUCUUCGACCGCCAGGACUGGUGGGCAGUCAUUGAUUCUUUGGGCAUUCCUUCCACAGGCGCUCGUGUGGCGAUGACCAUGGCCACAAACUCGUCUCUCGUCGACGCUGGCAUCCCACAACAGACUAUUCAACUCUUACCUUUCAUCCCCAAAAUCUGUGUCAAGCUCGGCGCCGAGGGUGUACUCCUCACUCAGAUUCUGCCUGCUGGCGACUCGCGUCUCCAAGAUCCUGCAUCUUCACCGUACAUACUUAGUCGCUGCUUCAAUCUCCCUGAAGAGUCGUCUGGCGUUGGGGGUGUCUACAUGCGUCUCUUCCCUGCUGCUGAGAAGGUCGAUGAGAAGGACAUUGUCAGUGUCAACGGUGUUGGGGACACUUUCCUGGGCACUGUAGUCGCUGGUCUUGCUAAGAGAGGCAAUGAUGCCAGGAUUGAAGAGUUGAUCGACAUUGCCCAGAGAGCUGCUGUUUUGACUCUAAAGAGCAAGGAAGCUGUAAGCCCUGAGCUUUCAAGUCUGAGAUCAAUGCUGUAG